AUGGCGGCCGUCGCUUUUAGUUUUAUUCAAGAAGGUAAAAAUACAGAUUUUAUAUUUUUAUUGAUUUUUGUCGUUGAAACCUUGCCCACAUGCAAUCUUUCUGUUUAUUGAUGUUUAGGUCGUAAAACAAAGUGAAACUUAAUACUCACUUAGCUAGAUUUAUUUAAGAUCUUUUAGCGCUAAAAUUCGAUAGUAGAAUUUUAGACAGAAAGUUUGUAUGUUUCUAUAACGUGUAAAUUUGCAAGGUGACUUUUUAUCAGAAAACGCGAUCGCUUUUCACACGUUUACUGCAAGGAUACCGCGUUGUCGAAAACCGCAAUUAAGGAAUUGUUCAUUGUUGUAUCGAUUCUUAGACUGUGGAUGAGUUCGGUUGCACGAUUUUGCGUUUCGAGUUCACACGGAACGUGUAAAACCGGACGAAUUCGCGCGGGAACGAAUGGAACCGGUCGAUUUUGCGUUUUAUAGAGAUUUGCCCAGCUACACGCGUAGAAAUCUCACAUCUUGUAGCAAGUCUGCCAACAAGCCGUCAGCACGUUGUGUUCGCCAUUACCAGAAAUAUGGGACAAGAUGGCGACGGACAUGCGCACUUUGACCAAAUAUGGCGACCAAAUAUUACUAUAAACUAUAUGGGAGUUGAUCAAAAUAUCAAAUUUUAAUAUACUUUGUUUAAAUAUUUCAUGGUUGCGGAGCUCGAUUAUAGUAGCGACACGAACAAGAAAUAUUUCUAAACAAAAAUCGCUAGUAUUGCACCGCGUCUAGCAGGUUCCUGAGAAUGUUGUAUUUUUACACGCAAUUCGAUGAAUUUCAUAGUGUAAUUUAUAGUAAACUUGUGACACAAGAGGUAAAUAUCCGACGAAUAGACCAACAUCCAUUCGGACGAUGCAAAGUGCGGAGCUCGCGAUAUAUUUAAUGAUGUCCAAACUGUUAGUUUAGCUAAAUAAAUCCGCUGUAAUUUCCAGGGAAACUGGUUCCCGAAACGUUUAAAAGUUCGCCUUUUUACGGUUCUUGUAUGUCGCCAUUAAACCAUCUUAAUAUCCAAAAACGACAAGUUUUAAUACAAAUUUGAGCUGUUUCGAGCAGCCAUGUUUCUUGUUUAUUUGGAAGGACUAGAUCCCAGGCUCUCACGUAAAAACACAGGGAUAUUUUAGGAUUUUUUAGGAUAUUUGCAAUAUUUUUAGUCUUGAUAAAAAUUUGCGGGGUUAAAGGUCGAAAUACCGGAAGUGAUCAGCAAAAACUGCAAAAUAUGGUUUAAAAUCACAGUUUUUGGUUGAAUAAUACUUGAACUGGAGAUUCAAAGUAAAAUGCGAAGUCGAAUUACUUAGAUUAGGCAAUGUUGGGCAUAUAAAACGGACUUAGCCGCUGACUACAAAAGCGGGAGCAAAAUGUCCCAUAUUUCUGGUAAUGGCACUGCUUCAGUCUGUCUGCUUGUCCCAAGUUGUCAACAAGUUUGGAACAAGCUGUUAGCAAGAUUUGUAUAACAAUCUUGUUGAUAUUAUCAGACUCGAUGCAAGGUUGUUCCAACAAGUCGAAUACAGUCAUGAUGUAACAAUAUUGUUACAACUUUGUGUCGUCAACCUUGUGACAUUCUUAAUUGUUACAUCGUGACUAUAUCAGACUUGUUAGAAUAACCUCGCUUACAUUUAAUUGUUUCAAAAUAGACAAUGGUAAAUAUUGUCAUUUUUUUUGCAGUCAGGAACGAUCGUAAUACCCGAACGAUCAAAGCUGAGAACGACAACAAGAUAUCUGAGAAGGACAGGACAAAUGCUGACAAACGUGGAAGUUCCCCAGGCAAGGAAAAGCCAAAGCUAAGACAGGCUCGGAGUAGAUCAAACUCAGCUAACAGAAAGAAGAUAGACUUGCGCGCGAGAUAUUGGUCGUAUUUAUUUGAUAAUCUCAAAAGAGCUGUCGAUGAAAUAUAUACAACAUGCGAGACUGAUGAAAGCGUCAUGGAAUGUCAGGUAGUACAGUAUACCGUAGCUUUUACAGUUAAAUGAAAUCAAUAAAGGAAUACCGAAUGGUUUUCCGUGCAGGAUUGCGUGAUCUAUGCACGAGGGAUGUCGCGAGACUUUCGGAAAGCGUAAAAAUACUCGAGCCGCAGGCGAGUGUAUUUUUACGCUUUCCGAAAGUCGAGCAACAUCCCAAGUGCAUGGAUCACGCUAUCCUGCUUGGAAAACCAUUUGGUAAUUGUUUUAUAAAAUAACUACAGUGAAACAAUGACAUUUUGAGAAUCGCGCGAAAAUCCCGGGAAAGCAUUUUAAUUCCUCGUGCAGGAUAGCCUGAUCCUGCACGGCUAUUGACCAAUCAAAUUGCGUGUUUCACUGUAGUUAUUAUAUAAACAGUGUUCCAACAGCUCAACAACUGGGCUCUGUAUAGCUCAGUUGGUUAGAGCGCUGCACUGGAAUCACAGGGCCGCAUGUUCGAUUCCGACAGUGGGCCUACAAUUGCAUUUUUCAUUGCAUUCAAAUACAUAUAGUACUUGAAUUUACGUGCAAUAUUGACUGCGCUAUUGAUGUUUGAAUGUUUAACUACUGUUUAUAAUUAUCGAUGUAGUUAUACUUGUUAAAUAAUAAAUAUUUUUAUUUUGGUUGUAUCUCGCUCAAUAUUGCAUGUAAAUUCAAGUGUUGUAUAUCAAAAUCUAAGUUAAUCCUUUCUUAUGCAAUGAUCUUCAGUAUUUCAUUGCGAUAGCUUAUACAUUACAUGAAAACAAACAAUGUCCAGCUCUUUUGGGGGACACCCGGUAUAUACUGGGUGAUGCCAUGCAUUGGAUGGGUAAACAUGCAUCGAGAUUUUUGGGCAUCGUUUGGCAUCUCGCUUGACAUAGAACUGCAUCACUAUAAUAACAGUUGAAUCGCAUGGCUUAGAACGUGGAAUUAAAUCACAGGACCCAUAUAUUUUAAACUUGGAAUUAAAAAUAAGGUUAAAUAGACCUUUCCCCUUAUGAGUGAAAUUUUGAUCUAGACAAGUCUGGACAAAAAUUUCACCACAGCUUGAAAGAGCAUCACAAAAUUAGUAACGGGAAAUUGAUAAUCAGAUGAUCAAACUGAUUAUCAAUUUCCCAUUUGUAAUACAAAAUGACUGAAAAACGGCAAACUUCGCAAGGCUAUAUUAUCCGCAUUUUACAACAUUUCGCAACGAAACCUCGGAAUAUUACUAAUUUUGUGAUGCUCUUUCAAGCUGUGGUGAAAUUGUUGUCCAGACUUGUCUAGAUCAAAAUUGCACUCAAAAGGGGAAAGGUCUAUUGCAGUGUCUAUUUUCUCUGCUUAUAGGAAGUGAUCAUGAUGUUAGACCAAUGCAGAAAUGAUUUCCAGUCUUUAAUUGAUCGUAUUCAACUUCAUGCCGCAUUUGAGAAAGCCGAUAGCAAGGACAGGUUUGUAACUUGAUAAAUAUUGUACCUUCACGAU